GCAUCAUCAUGGCCUCGAUUCAGGCAAUCGAGCAAACUUCGGUGCAUCAAAUUCAGUCAGGUCAAGUCAUUGUAGAUCACAACUCCGUCGUCAAAGAACUUGUUGAAAACAGCCUGGAUGCUGGAUCCACUUCGAUCGAAGUCCGCUUCCGCAACCAUGGUCUCGAAGCCAUCGAGGUAAUUGACAACGGUACCGGCAUCGCACCUGAGGAUUUUGAGUCUGUUGCACUCAAGCAUCACACGUCCAAGCUACGUAGUUACGAUGAUCUAGAAAAUCUGGACACAUUUGGCUUCAGAGGCGAAGCACUCGCUUCACUAUGUGCCCUGUCCCAGCUCUAUGUAAUCACAGCUCGCGAGGUCGAUCGCCCAAGAGGAACGCGUCUGGACUUUGAAGUUUCUGGAAGACUCAAGAAUACAAGCACCGUUGCUACGCCGCGAGGUACGAAAGUCGUUGUCGAGAAGAUCUUCCAUAACCUGCCUGUACGGAAGAAAGAGCUGGAGAAAAACAUCAAGCGUGAAUACAGCAAAGUUCUGACGCUUUUGCAAGCAUAUGCUUGUAUAAGCACUGGCGUCAGAUUCACUGUCAGCAACCAGAUGCCGAAAGGAACUAAAACCACAUCUUUCACCACUCCAGGCAGCGCAGCCACCAAGGACAACAUCAUCAAAGUCUUUGGCUCCAAAAGCUUACGAGAUCUGGUAGCGCUUGAUUUGAAGUUCGAGAUGCAAGCGACCACCUCUGGGCUUUCGACUCAAGACGGUGGCUCUUGUCGUGCGGUCAAGGUGGAAGGACAUAUAUCCCGUCCUGUGACAGGGGAGGGGCGCUCAGCACCAGACCGCCAAAUGUUCUAUGUCAACUCACGUCCUUGCGGCCUCCCUCAAGUCGCCAAGAUCUUCAAUGAGGUAUACAAGGCUUUCAACAUUUCGCAAUCUCCUUUUGUCUUUGCAAAUCUGAUCAUGGACACGAACUCGUACGAUGUCAACGUCUCUCCUGACAAGCGGACCAUCCUCCUGCAUGACCAGGGAGCGUUGCUUGAAUCUCUGAGGGUGUCCCUCAUGGAAUUGUUCGAGUCUCACGAACAGACAGUACCACAGACAAGUGUUCCCACUCAGCCAAAGUUGCCUGGAUACAAACCACUCACUAUCGCCCGCCGUACAGAGCCUGAGUCUGAGCUUGAGCUUGAGCUUGAGCUUGAACCUGAAUCAGCUAUUCCAGAACCAUCAUCAAGCCAAGAAGACCCAGCCGCGGUUGAUGAAUUACUUGGGGAGCAAGCUCGGAAAGCCUCUCCUGAACGUCUGAUUCACGAUUGGGUAGGUCGAGGUGCUCAAGAUCGGGACGACGUUCCCAAAGUACAACAGAAACCACCGGUGCAGAACGCUUUCGACCGUAUGCGUCCUCAGCGUACACCUCAGCAGGUAGCCGAGAUCACAAUAGGAGAUAAGACUACGAGAACUGUUGUUGGCGGUGGAAGCUUCACUCCGAAAAGACGCAGGAUUCACAUACCCAAAGAUUCUGCUGCAAAGAAGUUCAGUCAGUUCGCUAUGCCUGGCACUCAAAUGGAAAGCGACGACGAACGCCCUGAACAGGAGAGCGAAUCUGGUGAAAGAGAGGAACAAGAUGGACAAGAGGCUGUCGAAGACAGCGACGAGGAAAUGCUUUUCGUUCCUCAAAACGACAAACGUGAAAUUAAUCGCGCAAGACAUGAGACUCCUCAACUCACUUCUCAGGCUCUGGAGAGCUCGCAUACAAGUCCAAUCGACGAGUUUCUGCAUAGCACGAAGGAGUUCGAUGACCAUCUACAAAGAGCCGGCGAAAGCGAGGCUGACUCUGAUCCGGAGUUUGUUGACGAGGAUGAGAGACGCAUCCAAGAAGACGCUAAGGUGGCUCGAAUGAUCCAAGAUGCAGAGAAUGAAGCCGCUCGUCCCGUCCAAGACAGCAUCAAACGUGCUGCUCAAGCUCUAAAAGUAUCAAAGCACACUACUUUGAACCUCACUCAAGCCUUUGACAUCUCUACAGCCUCAAUCGCAGAACAGGUGGCACUCCUCUCACAGUCCUUACCGACGUCUCAAGAAGCUUUGCAGCCGGACAAACCUGUCGCUGAUGACAUCGAGCAAGUGGACGCGGAAGCCCGCCUUUCUCUGACCGUGUUAAAAUCCGAUUUUGCACAAAUGAACGUCAUCGGACAGUUCAACUUGGGUUUUGUCCUCGCAGUUCGACCUUCUAGCGAAGCGGUCAAGUCCUCUGAUCUAUUCAUCAUUGAUCAGCACGCAGCAGACGAGAAAUUUAAUUUCGAACGCUUUACCGCCAGCUCGACCUUAGAAGCGCAGCCUUUGGCACAGCCCAAACAGCUAGAGCUUACAGCUAUAGAGGAAGAGAUCAUUCUCGAAAACAAAAAAGCACUUACCGCCAAUGGAUUCAUAAUUGAAACAGACGUCUCUGGCGAAAGCGAUGUGGGUUUUCGUUGCAAGCUUCUUGCUUUACCCAUGAGCAAGUCUGUCGUAUUUGAUCUCAGCGACUUGGAAGAGCUCCUCCAUCUGCUCUCUGAUUAUGCGGGCGGGGAUAUUCCACGCCCAAGUAGAGUGAGAAAAGUUCUGGCUUCGAGAGCGUGUCGCGCAAGCAUCAUGGUUGGCAAUUCUCUGACGGGUAAUCAAAUGCUCAAGGUCGUGAGGAAUCUGGGCGAAAUGGACAAACCCUGGAACUGUCCCCAUGGAAGACCCACGAUGAGGCACCUUGCGAAUUUGGGAGCUUGGGGCUUCGAGGACGAGGAGGAACCGAAGACGGAUUGGAAGGCAUGGGUCAAGAAGGCGAAGGCGGAAGAUGAUGAUGCUUGCAAGUGAUCCAGAGGAUGAGGAGUGAUGAGGAAUGAUGCUUUUGCGACGCUUAAUGAUACCCUUGUGAUACAUUCUUUUAGAGCUUAAGAAAUUACUUACAUACUUUAGCAGAAGCAUACAAUCAACAAGACAUG